CUACCUUAACCCAGCUAGUUAAACCUCUACCUACGGCUCUGACCAAUACGUUUUUCAUAAUGAACCGUAGUAAGUAUAACAGUCUUGAUUACUGUGUAAAGAAAAUUUUUAAAUUGAAGCAAGCGUAAGAAAAUUACUCCCAUACUGCAAGACAAAAAAGACAACCCAACUUCAUCUGUCUUCUGGUACAAAGAAGGCGUCAACCCUCUGGCCCAUCAAAAAGACUCCGUGAUCACAUUUGCUCAGUAACAUUUCAAGACCAUUUGAAGCAACAUGGCCGAAGACGGACAAAACAGAAGAUACCCCCAGAAUCUUCAGGGAGUCCUACAAUUGGCAAUCGAUGCUGGCUCCGGUGCAGAGGGUCCUGCUCCUGUCGAACCCAUUUCAGAGGAGAGGAGCGUGUGGUUGAGGGAGGCUCUCGCAGAGGUCUGCAAAGGACAGAUGGAUGAAGUGGAGCAGAUGAAGCAGUGCUUGGCUAUCCUGAACAAAGAGGAGGUGAACGGUGUGGGGGAUGGGGAUGAGGAAGAUGAAGAUGAGCGGGAAUCUGCUUUUGAGUUGCUGUCUGAUUUGUGUGAGAACCUUGACAAUGCCAGAGACCUGAUGGUUCUGGGGGGGCUGGAUUUGUGCGUCUCCCGAUAUUUGUGUCAUGUCCAAAGUAGGUUGAGAUGGAGUGCUGCUCAGCUGAUUGCUGCCUGUGCCCAGAACAUGCCACAAGUGCAAGAUCACUUGCUAAAGAUAAGCGCUUUGCCUAAACUUCUACAGCUGACAGACUCAGACCCCCACCCCACAGUCAGGGUCAAAGCCCUUUAUGCAGUCUCAUGUCUGGUGCGAGAGCAGGAUGCGGGACUGGCAGCAUUCCUGUCCCUUGAUGGCUUCUCGGUGCUGAUGAGAGGCAUGCAGUCGGAACAUGAGAAGCUUCAGACUAAGUCGGCGUUCCUUCUGCUCAACCUGCUGACGUCACAUCCGGAACAGAAAGACACAGUGGUCUCCAUGGGGAUGGUGCAACAGCUGGUCUCAGUGCUGCGCUCAGCACACUCACCUGUUCACGAACACGUGCUCGGUGCCCUUUGUAGCCUGGUGAAAGACUGUGAAAAGGGACUCAAAGAUUGUCGGGAUCCAUCUCUCGGUCUUGAAGAGUUAUUGCGACUGCGAGCAAGAGAGCUCCGAGGAAAAGAGGAAAGUCAGGAAGAACUGGAAUUCUGUGAGGGCUUGAGAAAAGCUUGUUUUGGCGGACACCAGUCAGAUGACCACGUGAUGGAUCGCUGACCUCCAGCGUGAUGCUCGUGAACAUCUCCUGGAUUCAUGAUGUUAACAUGAAAGAUUUUAUUUGCGUGUAAAAGCAGUCAUUUCCUGCAUGUUAUCCAAUACAUUGUAAAUAGGUUAUUAUGUGUUGGGAACUUCGGUCAAACAUUAUCGCAAGUAAUAUGUGAAGCAAUAUCUAUUUUCGUUGUCAUUGUUCAAAAUCAAUACAUGUGUCAGUUUGUUGUCAAAGCAUGACUCGUAUACUGUAUAUGAGUUUCAUCAAUUUUCUUUACUGUAUUUAUUGAUAACAAAAACAAAAGUAUUUUAUACAUGUAAGUAGUGUUGCACAGAUACUAGCAUUCGAUCAUUUGCUGCCAACCCUCUCACUUCAUCAAAUUGGACAUCUAGUGAUGUAUAUGGCAGAAAAUGAAUUAAGCAAUGUAUGUCCAAGCCAAAUCAAUUACUUUCCAUUCGAGUAGGCAAUAAUUUUGUGCUAAAGGAUAAGGGUUCUUCAAAAAAAUCUAUCAGCAUUGGCCAAUAGCACAAUAGCCAGGUGUCGAAAUCUGUAUUUGUGCAACAUUACAUAUAACAAUCAGAUCCCAUUGACAACCCUCAUUAAAAUAGAUUUGUUACUUCAAUAUAACUUUUUGCAAUAUGCAUUAAAUAUUUUCCAAACCAAUUUUGUCAUUAUUUUAAAGCAAUAUCAAACAACAAUAUAGAAUACAAAAACAUACAGUACAUUACCAAUGUACAGGGAUCCCUCGUUUUUCGCAGUUAAUGGGGACCAGAAUCCACCAGGAUUAAUGAAAAACAGCAAAGUAGCGCCACGCCCCAACCCAAUUUUUUUUUUUUCAGGCCAAUGUAUUCAGAUUUAGCAUUGGAAAAAAAAACAUAUACCUUAAGACAUGUUUUUUCACUUGUUCUCCAAAAGUACAAUAAAAACAAAAACGAUGUACAUACUGUCUAUUUUAAUAAAUGGUUUUUAAGCACGUCAAAUGUAAUAAUUAUGAUAAAUUUUAAACAUGUUAGAGAUGUCGAUCGAUCGGGUCCGAUCACAUCAUUUUCAAAGUAUCGGAAUCGGCAAAAAAAUAUCGGACAUGCCUUUUUUUAAUAUAUGUAUGUUUUUUAAUUUAAUCGUUUUCUAAUUGUAUUUAACGUUACAGACAUAAUAUGUUACACUCAUCCAGAGUCUUUAGUUUAGGCUUAAGGUAGGGUUAUCAAAUUUAUCCCGUUAACGGCGGUAAUUAAUUUUUUUUAAAAAUGAUCACGUUAAAAUAUUUAACGCAAUUAUUGCAUGCGCUGCAUGACCCACUCGCGCAUUGUAGCGUUCAAUCUGUAAUGGCGCCGUUUCACCUAUAUAUAGAGCUAAAAGGCAGCGUAAAAUGAGUGAAUUUUUGCAGCCUUUGGAGCAUUUUUUAAUUUGCUAAAGCCUUACAAUCCCUUUCCCUACGAUUGGAAAUAUCGUGGGAAGCAAUGUGGGGAAGAAAGAUAGUAGUUGAUCUUUUUCUUAACACCCUAUGUUAUUUCCCAACGCAGAGAAGAUAUAUCAAUUGGUACCACUACGCACAGUCAUGGGUGCACUUCCCAUCAUGCAUUUGGGCACAACAGUUAAAUGGCUACAGUAUCAUUUACUGAAAGCUCACUACACUAGACACUAGAUGGCAAUAUUUAGUCACAAUAUACAAGGUCACAUUUAUCCUUUAAGAAUUACAAGUCUUUCUAUCCAUGGAUCCCUCUCACAGAAAGAAUG